AUGCUCCUCCUGUGGUUUUCCAAGUUAGGACUGUUGUUGCUCUGCUCGACCUUGGUCGCUGCGAGAACGCGCGAUGGUCGUAUGAACGGCAAUGUGCGGCCCAUACCUGGUGUGCCCAGGAUCGAGGUUUUGGAAGGACCGGUGACCAGCCGCAAUGGAACUACCAUUCCUCCGUACAACACGACGUAUUACUUCCAGCAACUGAUUGACCAUAACAACCCAAGCGCUGGCACUUUCACCCAGCGUUACUGGCAUACAUGGGAGUUUUACGAGAAAGGAGGGCCAAUUAUACUCAUGACCCCGUGGGUGUUCAUUGACCACCUCGCCGCCGAUGGCUAUUACGGAUAUUUGACGAAUAGGACCAUCAACGGGCUUAUCGCGCAGCAAAGUAACGGUGCCACCAUCGUUCUCGAGCAUCGUUUCUACGGCUUGUCCAACCCCAGACCCGACCUCAGCGUCAAGAGUCUCCAACUGCACACCAUUGCCCAAGCCAUCCAGGAUCUGAAAUACUUUGCCGAGAACGUGGACCUGCCCAUGCCCGGUGGCAACGCAGUUAAGCCAGACACCACGCCCUGGAUUCUAGCUGGCGGUAGCUAUGCUGGCGCUUUGACCAGUUUCACGAAGGCUACCAUCGACACGUUCUUCAUUGGAUAUGCAUCAUCUGCUGUGGUACAGAAUAUCGUCGAUUUCUGGGGUUACUUCGAACCUAUCCGACAGAACAUGCCGAAGAACUGCAGCGCAGAUGUGCAGGCAGCGAUAACGCAUAUCGAUAAGGUGCUCACUGCGGGAUCGAACAGUUCCAUCCAAUCGUUAAAGGCCACGUUCGGCUUGGAAGCCGUCAAGCACAACGAUGACGCCGCAGGCGCUCUUCGCAAUAAUCUUUGGGACUGGCAAGCCCUGCAACCCGAUUCGGGUCCAGGAACGCAGUUCACUGAGUUCUGCGACGCUUUGGAGGUCAAGAAUGGGAAAAAUGCACCUGCUUCCGGGUGGGGCACCAGCCAUGCUAUAUCAGCCUGGGGAUCAUACUUCAAGAACACGUACCUCCCGCUUGUUUGUGGAGAUGAUGAUAGAGAUGACUGCCUGGGCACGUACAACACUAGCCAGUCAUACUGGACCGACACCAGUAUCAACAACUCGGGACGUUCGUGGCAGUGGAUUGUUUGCAACGAGGUCGGAUUCUUCCAGGAUAGCGCCCCGGUCGGCACCCCGAGCCUGGUGUCAAGACUGAUACAGCCCGCGUAUGAUUCACGACAGUGCCAACAGAUGUUCCCAAAGGCAUUCAGAAAGCCACCCGUCCCGAACGUCGCCAAGACCAAUGCACUUUACAAGGGGUGGAAUGUCACGGAACCCAGAUUGUUCUUUGCCACCGGUAGUCGCGACCCAUGGAGGGAGGCGACGAAGUCCGCAGACAACACGGACUUCAAGAGCACAACUGCGCAGCCGAUCGCCGAGAGCGAUGGCUUCCAUUGCUCCGAUUUGUUGACUUCCGAGGGGCAGGCGGAUGCUACUAUAGCCGCUGUGCAACAAAAGGCCCUGGCCAGCAUCAAGGUCUGGCUCACCGAGUGGCCGAGCCACAAAAAGGGUAAACGGGACGCAGUCUCUCCCAAAGCGGCCAGCAGCAAACCCAUCAAUGCCUGGAUGAAGAGCUUCGGCUCAGCAUAA